AUGGCAGAUGAGCAACGGAGCAAGCAGCCCACUUGGAGGAAGCUUGCGAUGCUUUUCAUUGGUGGCUGCGCAAUCGGCAUUUUCAUAUACGCAAUUUAUGAACACAACUGCGUUGACAGUAAGGGAGUGACACGGCCACCUCCGUUGCUUUCUCGACUACGCGGAAUGAACAGCGAAUCACUGACAAGUGGAUCUGUAAAUCAGGGAACCGCAUCGGCAACUCCUGCGACAAACCGAGAACCGGCCUAUCCAGCUUUCCCGUCACUCAAGGAUGCCCAUUCACAUUCCGGAUUUUUGAGUGGUCUUGGAAGUGCUGAAGCGAUGGGGAGUUCCCCCUUUUCCGAUCCGGUUAGUAUUCGCGUGCACGCGUCUGCACGUGCUUCCUCGUCGCAACAGUCAGCUCCCGAAGACACGUUUCAUAACACCACAUUCGUCAACGUGUUGCGACCACGAGACGCUGACACGCAGGGAGGUGACGCAUUCCGAAUCGUCGCGUUGGCCGUUGAUGACAGUCAAACCACAGAACUCGAAGAAGUUACGAAAGUAACGGAAAGCGCAGGUGAACAAUGA